UGAUACAUGGAUGCAUGUUGCAUUGGCAAGUUAAGAGGUGGACGUGGACUCGGAGGUGCCAUGACGAUCCCGCCGGCAAAACUUCGGCGAAUCAAAAAUUCCCCGGACUGGAACUUUUUUUCGAGAGCAGCUCGCAGACGGCAGUCCACCCACCGACACACACAACGAUGGCGCAGACCAAGGCCACCAAGAAGUUUGAGAAGCGGCAUCUCAAGGAUACGCUGGAGAAGCGGAAUGGGUUCAAGAAGAUCAAGCAGCGGCAGCAGGUGAAGGCGAAGAAGAAGGCACGCAGAGCGGAAGAGCAUGGCGAGCCCGAGCCACGCAAGGCAGCGCCGAACAGCGUGUCAAAGGAGGCCAAAGAGAAGCUACAAUCUAUGAGUGUCGAUGAGUUCUUCCAAGGUGGAUUCGAAGUUCCCGAACUCCCCAAGAAUGGCAGCAAGAGGAAGAGGUCGCAGCAGGUGGAAGAGGACGAAGAAUCCGAUGCCUCCUUCGAGCAGGAACCAGUGCCGCAAGAUGACGACGUGGACGACAUGUCAGAGGAGGAUGACCUGGAAGACCAUGAACAGCAACUGCAGGCUCUCGCGCAAAAUGACCCCGAAUUCCACAAGUAUCUGCAGGACAACGAGCCGGAACUACUGGACGUCAACCUUGAUGAACUAGAGGGACUCAACGAUGAUGAGGAACCCAAGCGGAAAAAGUCAAGGAAGAGCAAGGACAUGGAUGCCGACGAGUCGGGGGAAGAGCCCGAGGCGAAGAACAACGAGCUCACCAAAGCCACCAUUCGAAAGUGGGCGUCCGCCUUGACCACCCAACACUCCCUUCGCACCGCUCGCGAGGUCAUCCUCGCAUUCCGCGCCGCCGCCCAUGUCUCCGACGACGAUGAACAAGGCUUCAAAUACUCCGUCUCCGACCCCCAAGUCUAUCACGAGCUCCUCACCCUCGCCCUUAAGCAGAUCCCGGCGGUUUUCGAACACCAUCUUCCCGUGCAAGAGAACAAGCACGGCAAGGUGCACGUGGCGACGGAGAGCAAGAAGUUCAAGACCAUCACACCACUUCUCCGCAGCCAUGUCGGCAGUAUACUGCAUCUCCUCGACCACCUGUCCGACCCGGCGACUCUGCGAUUGACUCUCUCCUGCACUCUCCCGCUGCUCCCCUACCUCCUCUCCUUCAAGAAGCUCGUCCGCGACAUGACCAAGGGUGUCACCAAUGUCUGGUCCCUCACAUCUAACACAGAAGCAACGCGUAUUGCCGCCUUCCUUCUGCUCCGCCGCCUGAUGGUCAUUGGCGACCCAGGCAUACGUGAAAAUGUGCUGAAAGCCAUCUACCAGGCUCUCGUUAAGGGAUCCAGAAACACCACCAUCCAUACCCUCGCCGGCGUGAACCUCAUGAAGAACUCCGCCUCGGAGCUGUGGGGUCUCGACGGAAGUGUGGGCUACACCACCGCUUUCACCUUCAUCCGACAACUCGCCAUCCACCUGCGCAACUCCAUUCAGAACAACGCGAAAGAGUCGUACAAGGCCGUGUACAACUGGCAAUACGUCCACAGCCUGGACUUCUGGUCCCGCGUCCUCUCCGCACACUGCACCGCCUCUGAUGCCCCCCUACGACCGCUCAUAUACCCGCUGGUUCAAGUGACGCUGGGCGCCAUGCGCCUCAUUCCCACCGCAACAUACUUCCCCCUCCGCUUCCAACUCAUUCGAUCUCUCCUCCGCCUAAGCCGGGCGACAGGAACUUACAUUCCACUCGCAGCACCAAUCUACGAAGUGCUAACAUCGGGCGAAAUGCGCAAAGUGCCCAAACCCGCCACGCUGAAACCUCUCGACUUCUCUACCGCCAUCCGCGCCCCGAAGGCCUAUCUCCACACCCGCACGUACCAGGACGGCACCGGCGAGCAAGUGCAGGAGUUGCUGGCGGAGUUCCUCGUGCUGUGGAGCAAGAACAUUGCCUUUCCCGAGCUGUCCCUGCCGGUGACGGUGAUGCUGAAGCGCUGGCUGAAGGAUGUCAAUAGUCGUGAAUUCGGCAAGGGGAACAAGAACCCGCGGGUCAAUGGCAUGGUGUCGCUGGUCGUGCAGAAGGCGGAAGCGAACGCGAAGUGGGUUGAAGAGAGGAGAGCAAAGGUGGAGUUUGCGCCGAAUGAUCGCAAGGGCGUUGAGGCCUUCUUGAGGGAAGUGGAGUGGGAGAAGACGCCUAUUGGGGCGUUUGUUGUUGGCUUGAGACGGACGAAGGAGGAGAAGGAGAAGGUAUUGGAGCAGGCUAGGAGGGACGAGGAGAAGAAGGGGCAGGAUGAGAGGAAUGCUAAGGAGAAGGAGAAGGUUAGUAAUGGAAGGAUUGAGGAAAGUGACGUUGACAGCGAGGAGGACGAGGACGAGGAAGCGGAAGAGAUGAGUGAAGCGGAGGAUCUUGAUGACGACUUCACCAAUGACGAGGAUGAAGAAGUGGAAGGUGAGGAUCUUCUCAUUGACGGGGAUGAGUGAGAUGAUUGGAAUAGAUAGAUACCUUGCGCUACAAUCACAACGUUGUCCAUGCUCGAC